AUGUGCGGAAGUUCGGCAGGCUGCCGGACCUUCCGCUGCCUGAUCUACCUCGCCCUGAUGGUCUCGUGCGUCACGUUCCUCGUGAUCGUCACCGUGAUCAACAUGCGGUACGGGCCCGUGGCCCGUCCCCUGGAGAUCCGGAUCCCUCCCGUGGCCGUGGAGCUGGACCUGUCGAACUCGACCCAACCCUGGCUGUCGUUCGUGAACGGGAGCACGAUCCGGUUCUCGAACCGGAAGGACCACCUCAACAUCACGAUCCGGCGCGUGGAGGCGAUCUUCAUGUACCGCGGGAUCCCGGUGUCGUGCGUGCUGGAGGACCGGCCGCUGCGGCUCCGCGGGCGGAGCGAGGCGGCGGUGGAGAUGGAGGCGGUGAUGUGCGACCGGGGAGGGAAGUUCACGCACAGCGGGUUCCCGUACACGGAGGACAUGUUGACCGACGCGCGGGAGAAAGGGAGGAUGCGGAUGGGCUUUGUGAUGAACGUUCGGGCCGGGUACUCGCACUGGCCGUGGGCCUGGGAGGUCUUGCUUAGGCCCGAGUGCACGGAGUUCUAUGUCAGGUUAGGGAAGUCCGGGAAGGUUAGUAACAGCAAGAACAAUAUCCAUGAUAAGGAUGUGUUUCCCGGGACGGGGAGCGUCACUUGUAUUAUUACCGAUCCUUUGUGGGUUAGGUGA